CUGUAGGGCGCUCGGCGGGACAGGCCAGGCGUGUUCCUGCCUGUGGCCGGGUGGUCCACCCACACGGGCUCUGUGUUUCAGGGCGCAAGAUGCGGGUGUACUCCCCAGAGAGCCUGAGCGACGAGUCCCUGAGCAGCCCCAGCCUGGAGUGCGAGUACCUCUUCCCCGGCCCCUUCCUCGAGGAGGAGCUGGGCCUUGGUGCGCUGCCGCACUGCCCCGCCCCCCCAGCAGGGGGAGCCGAGGACGCCUCACAGGGAGAGGUGACGGCUGCGACUCCCCCAGGCCUGCGCCUGGAGGGGAAGCGUGGAGCGGGGCCGGAGGGGCCGGAGGGGAGUGUUGCCGCGGACACCGCCGGCCCCAGCUCGCGCAGUGCCGAUCAGGAGCGCCGGAGGUUUUCGGCCUCCGAGCUGAUCAGCCGGCUGCAGCUGUCCCAGAGGAAGAGCUCCUUCACCCUGAAGCUGGGGAAGUCCCUGUCCGCUCGAGUGGCGCCGAAGGAGAGGGUCGGCCCGCGCAGCCUCAGCCCUGACAGCAAGCACAGCUCUCGGGACCGCAGCUCGGCAGGGUCCAUCGACAGCGCUCCCCACAGCCCCAUGGGCCCUGCGCCGCCGCCCCCUGGUGACAGCAGUGUGGCACUGCACCGAGGCAGCACCCGAGCCAGGAAGGACUCCAUCGAGGAAGGUGUCUGCACCCCGGCCAGCCUCAGCUGCACCAAACGUCUCUCCAGAUUCCUGCCCAGCUCGAUCCUGUACCAGGAGUACAGCGAUGUCGCCAUCAACCGGGAGAUCCAGCGACAGCAGGGGGCGGAGCCAGGGGCGGAGGAGGAGGAGGAAGGGGAGGGGCGAGGGGAAGCCCCGCCCACCUGCAACCUCUCGCCCACCAACUCCUUCCGCUCGCAGCGUUCGUCGCGGGGCUCCGCCUUCUCUCUGUGGCAGGACAUCCCGGACGUGCGCUCCAGCGGCCUGCUGGACACCUUCAGCAACGAGGAGCGCAAGCUUCAGGAGGCCAAGUUUGAGCUGGUGACCUCGGAGGCCUCCUACAUCCGCAGCCUGUCCAUCGCGGUCGACCACUUCAUGUUGUCCCGGGACCUGAGCGAGUGUCUGGGCGCCCAGGAGCGUCAGUGGCUCUUCUCCAAGCUGCCUGAUGUCAAGGAUGUGAGUGAGAGGUUUCUCCAGGACCUGGAAGAGCGUCUGGAGGAGGACAUCCUGCGCUUCGAUGUGUGUGACAUCGUCCUGGCGCACUGCCCUGCCUUCCGCAGAGUCUACCUGCCCUACGUCACCAACCAGGCCUACCAGGAGCAGACCUACCAGCGCCUGCUACAUGAAAACUCCCGCUUCCCCGGAAUCCUGGCCCGUCUGGAGGAGGACCCGGUCUGCCAGCGUCUCCCCCUCACUUCCUUCCUCAUCCUGCCCUUCCAGAGGAUCACUCGGCUCAAGAUGCUGGUGGAGAACAUCCUGAAGAGGACGGCUCCCGGCUCCCGAGACGAAGACACCGCGACGAAGGCCUUUAACGAGCUCAAAAAGCUCAUCAGGGAGUGCAACUCCAGCGUGCAGUCCAUGAAGAGAACAGAGGAGCUCAUUCACCUGAACAAGAAAAUCCACUUUGAGGGCAAGAUUUUCCCCCUCAUCUCUCAGUCCCGUUGGCUGGUAAAACACGGGGAGCUGCUGGAAGUGGACACCCAAACCAUGAGCAUAUCCGGGUCAAAGUUCAAGCUGCCCACGCGCCCCGUCUACCUGCACCUCUUUAAUGACUGCCUGCUGCUGUCCCGGAAGAAAGACUCCUGGAAGUUCGUGGUGUUCGUGCACGCCAAGAUCGGGGCGCUGAAGGUCAAGGACCUGAGCCUGAAGCUGCAGGGCAUCACCGGAUACAUCUUCCACCUGCAGCUGUGCGAUGACCAGCAGCUCAAGCACCAGAUCCUGCUUAAGGCACACACUGAGAGUGAGAAGCAGCGCUGGAUCACUGCCAUGUUGCCCUCAGCCCGGGAGACGAGCAGAGCGCAGAUCAGUGAGAACGAAGACCUCUCCCAGGUCCAGUGCAUCAGGAGCUACAAGGCGCUGGAGCACGACGAGCUGACCCUGGAGAAGGCCGACAUCCUGCAGGUCCAGACCACCGCCAGCGACGGCUGGGUGGAAGGGAUCCGGCUGUCUGACGGCGAGCGGGGCUGGUUCCCCAAGAGCUACGUGGAGGAGAUCUCGAGCCGCAGUGCCCGGCUCCGCAACCUGCGCGAGAACAACCGGAUCAAGUGCGCCACGCAGAAACUGGAGGAGGAGUACCUGUAGCGCACAGUGCCACCCAGUGGUUAGACCCCAGCACGGCGCAUGGUGUCCCCACCUCCCCUCUCCUCCCCGCCAUGCUUCCAUCCCAGCUGCCCCGAGGCCCCGAGCUGGAGCGCGAUCGCUUCUGGGGGGCAGCAUCCCGAGGGGCCCCCCGCCGGUGCUGGGAGUUGGGGCUGACGGCCCGUCUGUUUCCCGUGGGGAGCCCACGAGCCCGCCCGGCCAAGUGGAAGUCCCUGCUGGCCAGUGAUGUGCUGUUCGUGUCCUGCAGGCCCCGGCCCGGCCCAGGCUGGCUUUGAUUUGUCUGGGUUGGCCCACCGUGAGCCGGGUCUGCGCGGCCCGCGGCGACGCUCCGCUGCCAGGGGAGGUCUGGAGCCCGGUCCGGCGCGGCCCUCUCGCUGGAGACAAGCGGCCAUGAGGCAGGGGAGCCCCGACAGAGGGACUCCGACGCAGAGACAGUCCCCCUACUUGUCCCUCCCUGGGUGUCCAGGAGAUGUUCUGGAGAGACAGCCGCCAUGUGAAGAACUGGAAGAAGAGCACAACGUUAUCGUUCAGUUGAAUACUCGUUGGUGCUGACCUGCUUGCUUCACUGACAGUCCCGGGGUGAUGUUUCUCUCUGGGCCGGACCGAUCCCUGUGCUCUGUACGAGAGUCCUGUAGCAAGGGGUGGACGGACUGUCCCCUGGGAUUCCUGAGAAAACACUAGGAAAGAGCUGAUAUAAUAGAAGGCAGCAGUGAAGACCUCUCUUGGGCUGAGCGCUCCUGUAACCUAACGCUAGUACACCUUCUGUCACUCAAUAAACACAAGUUAACCACCGUUCCUGACUGCUGGCGUGUCUGUGACAAUGUCACAAUGGAUUCAAUUCCUGGGGUACUAUCUGUGUGGAGUUUGGGUGUUUCCUCCCACACUCCAAAGACAUGCUGGUCGGUUAAUUGGCUUCUGGGAAAAUUGGCCCUGGCGUGAGUGUGCGUCCGUGUCUGUCUGCCUUGUGCCUUGCUCCCAGUGCUUCCCUGUAUAGACCCCAGCUGACCCGUGAGCCCGUGCUGGAUAAAGUGGUUUAGAAAAUGGAUGGAUGGAAGUCCAAAAAACAAAAAAAGAACACUUGGAGGGUUUUUCCAAGAUGGACCAAACUUCUAAAGUCUGUUUUCUGAGUAUUUGUAAAGGUGCACACUACUGAGAGGUGAUGGACUUUCUAGAGCCCCAGCCGGGCGCACACUGAGCUCACUGAGCACACUGAGCACACUGAGCACACUGAGCUCGGCCACAGACAGAAAUCUGCAUCUUUCAUAUGAACCUUGAGCGGCAGGAGGGAGGAGGGCGGAACUCCUCCUGCACAGCGACACCCGCUGGCCUUGGCC